AUGUCAGAAUCGGACCAAAAACCGAAGAAAAAGCCGGCGCCUGCACCGUCGGCCCGCCGUUCCUCCGGAAUGUUGAAAACCAAAGAAGUCACCGAAAUCCCGAUGGAUCGCCGGCUCCUCAAAUCCUACACCGGCACCAGCGAAUAUCGUCGCGAGUUCUACGACGUGUGGGUGAAACCGGCGACGAAUUGCGGCGAUGAGGCGGCUAUUCAAACGGCCGUUAUUCAGUGCAAAAAGUGCAACAUGUUGAUGAGGAAUGAAGGAGGCCAUAUCAAGUGAGUUGACGAAGAUUUUUUAAGUAUUUUUAAAGGGGCUUUUGGGAUUUUUUGACCGGUUUUUUAAGAGAAUUUUUGCGAUUUUUGAAAUUUUUAAAGUUACAGUAACCGAAAAAAAAAUUUUCUAUGAAAUUCUUAAGUUUAAUUUUUGCUAAAUUUCAUAAAAAUUGAAAAAAAUUUUCCAAAAAAAGAAUUUUUUGAAAAUUCAAAAAAAAAUUUUUUUUAUGAAAUUUUGCAUAAAACUUUUUCUGAGUGGCCCUACGGACCUCUAGAUUUUAUUUUUACCCAAUUCUAAGCUAAUUUCACCAAUUUUUUCAAAAAAAAAUUUUUUGAAAAAAUUUUAAAAAAUUUUAAAAAAUUUUCAAAAUCUCGGUAUUUUCGGCCAAAAAUCAGGCCAUAUAGUUAAUUUCACCCCCAAACUUAAUGUCCCAUUUCGGCAUGCACUCUGGGAAAUAUUGUUUUCCCCGCACAACGUUAUUACCAUAGUGCGGCGGCGCAUGAAACCGGUAUUCCUUUGUGCCCCGACUCAUAAAUAAUUCCGGGCGUCUAGUUCCGCGAGAUUACAACCCCACCCGCUUCCAGGAAUCAUGUCAUCCACACUUGUGCGGCCCGCAAAGACCGCCAGCCCAAGGUGGGUCGGGCGAAGGACGCGCUGAAGCCGUCGGAGAAUCAGCAGAAGCCGGAGCCGCCGGCCCACUCCACGGCGAAUAUUUCGCCGCUUCCGGCGAUGAUUCGCUCGAGUCCUGAGGCCAAAUGCGAGAAUCUGGAUCCGAAUGCGGACCAAAACUUUGACAUGACCAACUUCUUCAAGGAGCAGGCCCUCCUGAUGCUCGUCAACAGCGCCUUGGCGCAGAACAGCUUGAAUAACAAUGUGGAGGUGGAGCAGGGACAGAAGAGGAAGAUCAGCGAGAACUUGGAGAGGGAAACCAAGAGACCCCGCAUGAGCACGAUCACCAGACGGAAAAUGCGACAGAACAUGCUGCGAACCAAGGACAUGGAGAAAAUCUCGAGGGACAGGUGGGUAAAAUACGACAUUAUUGGGCGGGAUGGUUUGAAAAUUAAAAAUAAGCAAAAUUUGAGGGAUUUUUAGCUAAAAAGAGCCAAAAAAUAGAAGUUUUUGAUUGAUUUUGGAUAAAAAAAUUUUGAAAUGCCUAUUGUAAAGCAUAGAGAGCACAAUAAAAUGUAUUUUUGACUUGAAAAAAAUCAAAAAAUCCCUAUUUUUUCACUAAAAAAGUGAAAAAAUGGAAAUUUUUGGUGAUUUUGAAAAAAAAAAUUUUUUAAAUUGCGAAAAAAAAUGUUUUUUAAAGUACGGGGAUACAAAAAAAUUGAAUCUUUCUCAAAAAUUACAUUUUUUAUAGAAAAAAUUCCAAAUUUUUUUAUUUUUUUUCAAUUUGAAAAUUUUUGAAAUUUUGAAAAUUUUCGAAAAAAAUCGUAAAAUACGAAGUGAAGAUGCGACGAAAAUAUUAUUUUUUUAAUUUUCAGAUACGUCCUUCGCUCCUACACCGGGACCAGCGAGUACCGCAAGCAAUUCUACGACGUGUGGAUCAAGAAUUCGGCCGAGGAGCCGGACGAGGCGGCCGUCGAGACGGCCGUCAUCCAAUGCAAGAACUGCUCGCGGAUCAUGAGCAACGAGGGCGGCCAUAUCAAGUCGCAUGUGCAGUCGGCGUGCAAGGGCCAGCCCGACUCGCGAACCUCCCCCAAAUCGGUGCAGUCCGCCCCCAACACGCCGCCCUGCCCGCCCGACGACAACAAUGCGGUGUUGCAGCUGUUGCUGCUGCAGCAGUUGAGUCAGCUGCAGAGUCAGGGCCAAAUCUACGAGAAAAAGAGCCCACAGGAGCUGCUGGCCAGACUCUUGAACCCCGACCCCGCGCCCUCGCUGUUCCCGUUGAGCCCGUUCACGUCGCUGUUGGGGACUCAGUUUUGA